GUACUUAAACAUUCUCCAACUAAACCGUGUCCAAAAUAAUUAAAAGCUAGUGUAACUUUAAUUUUUCCAGACCGGUCAAUAGCAUGAUCGGUUCAUAAUAGCGGGACAUGAUAAAUCUCGAACUUUCUCGGACCGCGCUGGCCCCUAAAAUAGUUCAUGAGCAUUUAAUAAAACUUUAUAGGGGGCAAAACGUAAUUUUUGUAAGAAUGGACGGAAAAAUAUGUUUAGAACACUGGAAAUAAAAAAUACCCAAAAAAAUUCAACCAAAAAAUGAACAAUCCAGAAACUGAAGAACCAGUGGUAGGCGAGCUGAAGCAGGAUUUGCCUUCAUCCAAGCCGGCUGAGCUAUCUUCAUCCUCACCAUCCGAAGGAUUUAUGCAGGCGGCCUCCACCACCGACGGCAUGUCUGCGGCGGCUCUCCGCUCGGUGCUCCAGCGGGUUAACCAAGCCGCCCAGCGGUCCGGACGCGCGCCGGACCGGGUCCGACUGGUGGCCGUGAGCAAGACGAAGCCGGUCUCCCUCCUCCGGCAGGUGUACGACGCCGGCCACCGCUGCUUCGGCGAGAACUACGUCCAGGAGAUCGUCGAGAAAGCUCCUCAGCUGCCGGAGGACAUCGAAUGGCAUUUCAUUGGGAAUUUGCAGAGUAAUAAAGUGAAGACACUUCUAUCUGGUGUACAGAAUCUUGCCAUGGUGGAAACUGUUGAUGAUGAGAAGAUUGCAAACCAUCUUAACCGUGCAGUUGGAAACAUCGGACGAAAACCGCUGAAAGUGUUGGUCCAAGUAAACACGAGCGGUGAAGAAUCUAAAUCCGGUGUUGAGCCGUCUGGUUGCGUGGAGCUCGUUAAACACGUCAGUAUGAACUGCCCUAACCUCGAAUUCUGUGGCCUGAUGACAAUAGGAAUGCUGGACUACACUUCUACCCCUGAGAAUUUCAAGACAUUAGCCAACUGCAGAACAGAGGUUUGUAAGGCACUUGGGAUGGGAGAAGAACAAUGUGAGCUAUCGAUGGGCAUGUCUGGUGAUUUUGAGCUUGCUAUCGAGAUGGGCAGUACGAAUGUGAGAGUCGGGUCCACCAUAUUUGGAGCAAGGGAGUACCCGAAGAAAUGAUGAUUCGCGUAAUUUCUCUUUGGAGCUAGCAUUUUUUUUUUUCUUCUCAUUCUAUUUCAGAAAUGUAGCAGCUUGCAAAUCUUGUUUGGUUUCUUCGAGCCCACCGUAAACUAUGGCAUAUGAGUGAGCUACGAAUUGUGGAAGUUCUACAAGCAAUUUUGUGCUAUUUCCAUCUUAACGCGUGCAUUUUCAACUCCGAAACAAUCAAUCGGCCAACAUGAGGCUAAGCUAUUUUUUUUCAAGUUGGUUUGGUGAUUACUAGGAAUACGAUUGAAGCUCCAUAGCUAUUUCUUUGCAUUUUAGGUUUUUAACCAUCUUGCUUGAUGACGUGUGAUUUGAGGUGAUUUAAGUCUUAUGCUUCUAAUUUUAGUUUUUUCAUGUUCUCAUUUUUCUUCUUUUGAUCUGUGAGUAGCCCAGUUGAAAAUGUCAAAAUGAUGAGCGCUCUUAAAAUUUGAAUCACCUCUGAACAUUUUAAAUUUGAAUCAC